AUGGACAGAAAGAGCAAAAUUUUUGCUUUCUCACCAUUCCCCAUCAUUCGCCUUAAGGAUGAGGGAGGAAGUUCAUACGAAUCGAUAGAUGGACGUAUAUCAGAAGAAACUAAGAUACGUUGUAUAAAGGAUCCGCUUUGUUCGUGGUCGUGGUUUGAAGAUGACUGUUUUUGUGAAAGGAAUCCCUGUGACACACUCUACUGUUACCCUGACCAAAAUAAAUCGGACGAGAUCUGUGCCUGUUCCAUGCUUCUUUGCGAUUGGAAUGGUACCGCGGAUGGAUGCUAUAAAUUUAAAGCAACCGAUGGUAAAAUGGUGUGCCUCUGUAAAGAUUCAUUCUCAUACGCACUUUACCACCCACCGCGAAGCAGAGGACCCUGCAACCCUAAUGAAAAGGACUGCAAACCACCUUUUGAAAUGGAGUUCGGAACAGAAGAUUUUAACGAAACCCUGGAUCAAUUGAACACAACACCGGAAAUAGAAUUUCUUCUAAAGAAAUUGAAAUUUUCAAUGAGUGAUGAUGCCAAAGAUGUAGAGCGAUUUUACGUUCCUUCUACUUCCGUCCUUAAUAACUAUGGAAUGCCAUUCGACAACAUGAUACUAUCAUGCCAUUACGGUCCAUACGAUUGCGAUCUUGACUUUGCAACUUUAUACAGCUCGACUUAUGGAAAAUGUUACAUGUUUAAUUACAUAGGCGAUGGAAGUGAUAAAAACCGGACAGUCAAAAUGGCUACGCAAGCUGGUAGAGAUCAUGGUCUUAUUCUGUAUAUGCAAGCUCGCAAGCAGGAUUCACUUCCUUUACUUACAAGAAAUCUGGGCUUAAGAAUCUACAUUCACAAUCCACGCUCCAUCCCCACUUUAACUGAAGAAAGUAUAGAUGUGCGACCAGGAGAUUUGACGUCGAUAGAUAUCAGUUACAGAGAAAUACACAGACUCGGAAAUCCAUGGGGAGAAUGCGUCAGCACAGAAAAUGCACUUGAUAACAAUAAUACUGGAUUGCAUUACUCUCAAGCUGAGUGUGAGCGCCGUUGUAUCAACAUGGAAAUUUACAAGCGCUGCAAAUGUUAUCACCCAUAUCUCAUACCAGCCACAUUAACGCCUGAUAGAGGGCCCAUAUGCAAUACCAGUACUACUGAAGAUGUACAGUUUUUAGACAGAUGCUUCAUCUCUGUCGUCACUGCAAAUGACAGAGGAGAAAUAACGUGUGAUUGCCCCCCGGCUUGCAAGGAAUAUCAGUAUGAUCUUAUAAAUUCAGCAAGUCGAUUAAAUCCAGAUUUCUUUCGCCUGUUAAAGAAAGCCAAGACUUUGUCAACCAAAGGUGGUAAACCUUCAGUUAUCAACUCGGAUGCUGAAUUCAGUCUGAUUGGCGUGCAGAUAUUUUACAAUUCCUUUUUUGUAACCCAUGUCAAUGAAACAGCCAUUUACAGCCAUUCUGUAGCCAUUAAAAGGAAUUUCUUUCAGUGGGAAUCACUCAUCGCUAAUAUAGGUGGAAAUAUGGGAUUAUUUCUAGGACUGUCUAUUGUUACUAUCCUCGAAGUCUUAGAAUUCUUUACGGAAAUGAUUACGAAGCUCAUAACUGGGAAAAGAGAUUCAACAAGAAACAAAGCAAUUGUAAUAAACUUUUAAAAUUAUUCUUAUGUAUUUGUAAAUAAAAUAUUUUAUUAUUUUC